AUGGCAAGAUUUUGCAGCAGUUCCAAGUUUGACGAAACUACCCAGAAGGAGUCGACUGGGCUUCUUUCAAGUCUGCCUCAAACUGGGAACGUCCGCUCAAAACCAUUCCCAAGGAUGGGGACACGAUGCGUGAAGGCCACGGUCUUGGCUUUAGUGAGAUGUGGCAAGGCUUUGGCUCCAAAUAUUCCCUGGCGAUACACAGCCCUGGCCCGAGUGCCCCCGGACUCUGCUGCGCCUCGAUUUUGCUGGUUCGCCAUAUCGAGGGGAAACUCGGGUACCAUCUUGUGCAUCCGUAAGCUAUGGGAGGACGUGUGA